GCACCCAAUUAAUAUAUUGUUUUUCUUAUUAAAAUGGAUGGGCUUAAGUAUAGGUUAGAAGAGAUGAGGAGAUUAACGGAAAUACCACGAUCUUCACACCCCAAAAUACAAAAGGUAGCAAAUGAUCUUCGAGAACGAAUGGACUAUAGGAGCCAUUAUCUUCCCAAGGUAGUAUCAAUGGGCCCUAUCCAUAAUGGUAACCCAGAACUGCAGAUAGGAGAGCAGUACAAGCUUAUUUGGGCACAAAAGUACAUUGAAAGUACAGGAGAGAAUAUAGAACAACUAUACAAGCAGGUAGCGGACAAACUUGAUGAUCUCAAGAGUUGUUUUGCCAACAAUGUUUUAAACAGGGCCAGCAAUACUAUUGGUAACUUCAGUAGCUUGGACGAUAAGUUAACAUGGAUGUUGUUUGUGGAUGGAUGUUCUUUGCUGCAUAUCCUUGUGACCAAAGGCAGCGAUAUUUUAGAUUUGGGUGAGGAAACGAUUAUAAACCUUGUGAUUAGGGAUGUGCUUUUAUUGGAGAACCAAUUGCCGUUCAUGUUGUUGGGCUUGUUAUGUAGACAACACAACCUUUUGAUGAAAAUAACGAAAGACUUUCUAAUCUCAAAUUACUUUCUCCGAGGUUUCACUAUACAAUCGAUAAUGAUAUUCCAGCGUGUAGCGCCUACUCAUCUUCUUGAUCUUUUUCGCACACUGUUGUUGCCGGACCGUACUCUUAUACACCAGAAUGUGCAAUUCAUGGCAAGUUAUUACAUGGACCUAAAUGAUAGAGAAUUCGCAAGCUACACGAACAUACAGGAGCUGAGAUCGAACGGUAUUAGAAUAAAAUCAAACAAGAAAAGCGAACUAACCGACAUGUCUUUCUCCCACGGCUGGCUUAAUGGAGAAUUGAAACUUCCUAGGAUUGUUUUGGACGAUUUCACAAUUCCUAUCUUCCUUAACUUGAUAGCAUACGAAAGAUGUCCAGAUUUUAAUGCCAAGUACGGGAUGGGAUCUUUUCUGGCAUUCUUAAACUCAUUAGUCCGCGAACCAGAAGAUGUAAAAGUUUUAAGAUCAGCAGGGGUUUUAUACCGUACCUAUGGAUCUGAUGAAGAAUUGGUUAAGCUAGUCCAUUUUCUAGCGGGAGGUAUAAUGUCACACAAAGAUACAUAUGCACAUAUUUUUGUAGAAAUGAACAAGCAUAUCACGAAUAAAUGGAAGGUUAACACUGUACAUUUUCUAAAAUAUAUCCGCCACGCUUGGACUAGCUUUGCAAUCCAUGCUACCGAGCUCGCACUUGCUCUUACCUUUAUCCAAACCUGGUUUACUAUUCACCCUGCAAAAUCUAACUAAUUACUAUCGUUCUAUUUUCUGAUGCAUUAUAUAUAUUGAAGCUAGCAUGGCCAGCAUUUUCUGCAAUAUGGCCUCAAUAAAUACCAGUUGUAUCUCUUCUCGGAGACUAUUUUAUCACCUUUUUACACUCCGUUUGUGUUAAGUUAUAAUAAUUGUAUUAAAAUGUACUUGUUCAUUCUAUUGUGUGUGUAUCAUAACCAUUAUUAAUGGUG